UCCAGUAUUCCAGUCGUGCCAGAACCACCGAGCGGUGCGAACGUUUGUGCCUCGUGCGUCGUCCUCUAACAGUCGUGUAUACAUACGCGCGUAUCGGUGAUUUUACGACCAUAUCAAGUCGCACAUUUCCGAUAUAAUACAACUUCGUGAAUAUUUUAACUAAUUUCGUCUAUGAAUCAAACGUGAUAGAUGUUCAAAAAUCUGUGCAUAAGAGAAUCACAAUAUCUGUGGCACGUAAACGUGAACUAACGAGGCGAUUACGAACGUUUUCGCCUUUUUCGUAAGGUGUGAUCAUCGUGAACGUAUUUGAAAUAUUUUUGACCAUUCGAGGAAGUGUUCCGGCAUUCUUAAAACCGGUGCGUUACCGCCUCGGGAACGAUUUCGAUCGACAACGUGAAGUGCACUGAAAGUAUUGGAGCUGCUACGAAGCGGCGAGAACGUGUAGCCAUGAAUAAUUCACUCGGCUGAGAGGUUGAAUUUCUCCGACUUUGAGACACUCGAGAAGAAGAGAGAAAGAAAGAGAGAGAGAGAGGAGGGAAGAGAGAGAGAGAGAGAGACUCGAAACACAACAGGGAAUCAAGAUGGGUGAGAUCCUCGGCUCGGCGAGCUUCCUCCACCUAGGCGACAUCGUCAGCCUAUACGCUGAGGGCAGUGUCUCUGGAUUUCUUUCCACCCUCGGAUUGGUGGACGACAGAUGCGUGGUAUGUCCCGAAGCUGGAGAUUUGUCAAAUCCACCAAAGAAGUUCAGAGAUUGUCUUUUCAAAAUAUGCCCUAUGAAUCGUUAUUCCGCCCAAAAGCAAUUUUGGAAGGCGGCGAAACAAAGCGCUGGCGGUACCGACGCGGUGCUUUUAAAAAGACUGCACCAUGCCGCUGAAAUAGAAAAGAAGCAAAAUGAGACUGAAAACAAGAAAUUGUUGGGCAGUGUAGUCUCCUAUGGUAACGUCGUCCAGCUAUUACACCUCAAAUCCAAUAAAUUUUUGACGGUGAACAAGAGACUUCCGGCACUCCUCGAAAAGAACGCGAUGAGGGUGUAUCUAGACGCGAAUGGAAACGAGGGUUCUUGGCUCUAUAUAAUGCCCUUUUACAAGCUUCGAAGCGAUGGAGACAGUGUGGUCGUUGGUGACAAAGUGAUUUUGGAGCCAGUGAAUGCUGGAAGACAAGGGUUGCAUGUGGCCGCCAAUUACGAGUUAAGCGACAAUCCUGGUUGCAAGGAGGUGAACGUUGUCAAUUCAGCCACGUCUUGGAAAGUAACGUUAUUUAUGGAGCACAGAGAGAAUCAGGAGGAGAUUUUAAAGGGUGGAGAUGUCGUUCGAUUGUUCCACGCAGAGCAAGAGAAAUUUCUAACGAUGGAUGAGUACAAGAAGAAGCAACAUGUAUUUCUUAGGACCACUGGUAGGACGAGUGCCACUGCUGCUACGAGUAGUAAAGCUUUGUGGGAGGUUGAGGUCGUUCAACACGAUCCUUGCAGAGGAGGAGCUGGUCACUGGAACUCUUUGUUCAGAUUUAAACAUUUGGCGACAGGGCAAUACUUGGCUGCAGAAAUUGACACCGACGAACCACGUGAGACCACAAAAGGCAAGCGUGAUCCACCAGGACCAGUGUACAGAUUAGUAUCAGUACCACAUAGUAAUGAAAUAAGUUCCUUAUUCGAGUUAGAUCCAACUACAUUAACGAGAGGCGAUAGUUUAGUUCCACAAUCUUCCUUCGUUAGAUUACAUCAUAUAUGUACAAAUACCUGGGUUCAUUCGACUAGUGUACCAAUCGAUAAGGAUGAUGAAAAACCUGUUAUGUCAAAGGUUGGCUGUGCCAUUAACAAAGAAGAUAAAGAGGCUUUUGCUUUAAGAUCUGUAUCGCCAGUCGAGGUGCGAGAUCUUGAUUUUGCAAACGAUGCUUGUAAAGUGUUAGCAUCGAUUAGUAGCAAACUGGAAAAGGGAACGAUUUCACACAAUGAAAGACGAGCCGUAACGAGUUUAUUACAGGAUAUAGUAUAUUUUAUAGCUGGUUUAGAAAAUGAGCAAAAUAAAUCCGAAGCUUUAGAUUUAAUCGUUACUAAUGCAGUUAGAGAUCGACAAAAAUUAUUACGAGAACAAUAUAUACUUGGUCAAUUAUUUAAAAUACUUCAGGCUCCGUUCCUAGAGUCUGCAGAAGGUGAGGGACCAUUUCUUAGGAUAGAAGAAUUGAACGAUCCACGACACGCGCCGUAUAAAUAUAUGUUUCGUUUAUGUUAUCGAAUACUUAGAUUAUCUCAACAAGAUUAUCGGAAAAAUCAGGAAUAUAUUGCGAAACACUUUGCUUUUAUGCAAAAACAAAUUGGAUACGAUAUUUUGGCGGAGGACACUAUUACUGCAUUAUUACAUAAUAAUAGAAAAUUAUUAGAAAAGCAUAUCACGGCAGCAGAAAUUGAAACUUUUGUAGGACUUGUAAGAAAAAAUAUGCACAAUUGGGAAUCUAGAUUCCUGGAUUAUUUAUCAGAUUUGUGUAUUUCUAAUAGAAAAGCAAUUGCCGUGACACAAGAAUUAAUUUGCAAAAGUGUAUUAAGUGAAAAAAAUAAAGAUAUUUUAAUAGAAACUAAAAUGACAAAAACCCAAGUUGAGGUUGAAGAGUUAGAUGAAAAACAAGAGAAUGAUGAACCGCGUAUCACUGUGAUGGAAGAAUAUGAAAUUUUUCUUAUAUGGAAUAAUGGAACGAAAUCAAUGUCAUUAAAUGAGUUAUCAAGGGGAGCAAAGAUAGGCAAUAUCCAAGACGCGGCAAUUUUGGAUUACUAUAGGCAUCAAUUAAAUCUUUUUAGUAAUAUGUGUUUAAAUAGACAAUAUUUGGCACUGAAUAACUUAUCACCCCAUUUGGAUAUUGGUCUUAUACUUAAAUGUAUGGAGGAUGAAACAGUACCAUAUGAAUUGCGCGCAUCAUUUUGCCGACUUAUGUUACAUCUUCAUGUUGAUAGAGAUCCACAGGAGCAAGUUACACCAGUUAAAUAUGCUCGGCUGUGGUCUGAAAUUCCUUCGAAAAUGAGUAUUAAUGAUUAUGAUGCAAACAGGAUGCGGGAUCAAAAUAAAGAAGCUGUACGUGCUAAAUUUAGCGCAACUAUAAUGUUUGUAGAAGAUUAUUUGUGUAAUGUUGUAGCAAAAAUGUGGUCCUUUGCCGAUCAAGAACAAAAUAAACUCACAUUUGAAGUCGUUAAAUUGGCACGUGAUUUAAUUUAUUUCGGAUUCUAUAGUUUCAGUGAUCUUUUGAGAUUAACGAAAACAUUACUCAGUAUUUUGGAUUGUAUUUCAGAAAAUGAUGUAGCCGAUGGAAAAAUUCCAACUGGUGAAAUUGAUUCUGAUUCUGUGGAUUCUAAGGACAUAGCGGAAGGUGGAGUAUUAAGAUGUAUUGGAGACAUGGGUGCAGUAAUGACGAGCUUAACAUUGGGACCAGCAGGACAAGUAUUAGCAGGAAGUUCUUCUCCAAGACCAAAACCACUUUUAAAGAAAGAAUAUCCUCUGGUGAUGGAUACAAAAUUGAAAAUAAUCGAAAUUUUACAAUUUAUACUCGAUGUUCGAUUGGAUUAUAGAAUUUCUUGUUUAUUGAGUAUUUUCAAACAAGAAUUUGAUGAAACUGAAAGAGCUUCUGGUGAUUUGAGUCUCGGCCAGAAAACUAUUGAUUUAGAAUUAAUAGGUACACAAGCGGAAGGUAUAUUUGGUAGCAGCGAGGAAUGUGUGGCAUUAGAUUUAGAUGGACAAGGUGGUAAAACAUUUCUGCGUGUUUUACUCCAUUUGGCAAUGCAUGACUAUCCUCCACUAGUUUCCGGAGCAUUACAUUUGCUUUUUAGGCAUUUUAGCCAAAGACAAGAAGUUUUACAAGCAUUUAAACAAGUUCAACUUUUGGUUUCCGAUAGUGAUGUUGAAUCUUAUAAACAAAUAAAAUCAGAUUUGGACGUUUUAAGACAAUCAGUUGAAAAAUCGGAACUUUGGGUUUAUAAAUCUAAAGCAUCAGAAGAACAUGGCAAUAAAAAGAAGAAAAAUAAAGAAGAAGAAGAUGAUGGAGCUACUCCUCGUAAAGCACCACCACAACUAUCUACCACGGAUAAGAAAGGAUCUGCAAUAGAUUUAGAUAUUGGUCCACCAUUACAUGCAGAUCAAGCGGAGGAAUAUAAAAAAAUACAGCAAAUUCUAAUUCGAAUGAACAAAUUAUGUAUCCAAACGAUAGGUGGUCAAAUAAAACCACGAAAACACGAACAAAGACUUUUACGUAAUGUUGGAGUACACACCGUUGUUUUAGAUUUAUUACAAGUUCCAUUUGAUGCGAAAGAAGAUGUUAGAAUGAAUGAGUUAAUGCGAUUAGCACAUGAUUUCUUGCAAAAUUUUUGUUUAGGAAAUCAACAAAAUCAAGUUCUAUUGCAUAAACAAUUAGAUUUAUUUUUGAAUCCUGGUAUACGCGAAGCUCAAACAAUAUGUAGUAUUUUUCAAGAUAAUUCGACUUUGUGCAAUGAAGUAAGUGCUAAAGUGAUACAACAUUUUGUGCAUUGCAUAGAAACUCAUGGGAAACAUGUGCAAUAUUUAAAAUUUCUUCAAACAAUAGUAAAAGCCGAAAAUCAAUUUAUCAGAAAAUGUCAGGAAAUGGUGAUGCAAGAAUUGGUUCAAGCAGGUGAAGACGUUUUAGUUUUUUAUAAUGAUCGAGCUUCUUUUAAUCACUUUGUGGAAAUGAUGCGAUCUGAACGACAUCGGAUGGAUGAAAGUAGUCCACUUAAGUAUCACGUAGAAUUAGUUAAAUUAUUAGCUUGUUGUACAAUGGGCAAGAAUGUUAAUACUGAAAUUAAAUGUCACAGUCUUUUACCACUAGAUGAUAUUGUUGCUAUGGUAUCACAUCCGGAUUGUAUACCAGAAGUAAAAGAAGCAUAUAUAAAUUUUCUCAAUCAUUGUUACAUUGAUACGGAAGUAGAAAUGAAAGAAAUUUACACAUCAAAUCAUAUGUGGUCAUUAUUUGAAAAAUCAUUCAUUGUAGAUAUGGGAAUUAUAGCAACAGCUACACAUGAUCGCGAACAUGCUGAUAUAUCUCUGGAAAAUUAUGUGACAGGUUGCCUAAUGAAUAUCAUUACAACGUUCUUUAGCAGUCCAUUUUCAGAUCAAAGUACCACAGUGCAGACUCGACAACCUAUAUUCGUUCAAUUACUUCAUGCGGCUUUUAAAGUUUCACAAUGUUCAUGGCUAAAUGCUGGUCAAAGAUUUAAUGUUGAAAAUUGUAUACGAACGUUGUCGGAUGUAGCUAAAGGGAGAGGUAUAGCCAUUCCAACAGAUUUAGAAAGCCAAGUUGCUUCUAUGUUUAAUAAAGCAGCAAUGCUUAGUAGACAAACAAGUAAAUGGCUUCAAGCUGCAAAACAACCAAAGAUAGAACGUACACAAAGUCAGCUGAUGCGUUUGGAUCGAAGUAUCAUAGAAGGUUUACAAGAUAUAGUAUCGUUACUAGAAGAACAAUUGAAACCACUAGUUCAGUCAGAAUUAUCUUUAUUAGUGGAUAUACUCUAUCGACCAGAAUUACUAUUUCCAGCUGCGACUGACGCUAGAAAACGAUGCGAAAAUGGCGGUUUUAUCAAAAGAUUAAUCAAACAUACUGAAAAAUUACUUGAAGAGAAGGAAGAAAAAUUAUGCGUAAAGGUGUUAAGGACUCUUAGAGAAAUGAUGGCUAUUGAUCCUGAAUAUGGAGAAAAAAGCGAAGAUGACUUGGAAAAAGAAGAAACAGAGCAGAAGGCCGAGUCACAAGUUGGAACAGACUCUGUCGAUGAGUCUGAGACUCGUCCAAUGACUCAGCAAGAGCGGGGAGAUGCAUUAAGAAACAAUCUCUUGACUCGUUACUUUGGAAAAUCCUUUAUACAAAAACCGGAAACCGUGGAAAUUGGAGUUUCGCAUAGUGCUCCAGUUACUCAUGGACCAGGAGCUAAACUAUUGAGUCGGGCGGGCCGCACUUUGCACGAAAUUCAAAGUCAUCUUGAUCGUGAAGGCGCCUCAGAUUUGGUAGUGGAGUUGGUAAUUAAAAGUGUACACUCUCCGAGUAUAUUUGUCGAAGCUAUAGAACUUGGUAUUGCAUUAUUGGAAGGAGGAAAUCCUAUUAUUCAGAAAAGCGUAUACAAUAAAUUGAUGGGUGGUGAUUUAAGCCAAUCCUUUUUCAAGGUAUUUUACGAUAAGAUGAAAGACGCGCAACAAGAAAUCAAAUCUACGGUUACCGUAAAUACCUCUGAUAUAGCAGCUAAAGCUCAUGAAGACAAAGAGCAGAAUAAAGAAAUAGAAAAGAUAUCGAGAAAGCGUACAUCAGGAAAGCCUAAUGGAAUAGUAAUAACAGAUGAAUUACGAGAAGAAUUGAAUCAGGCUGCAUCAUCCACUGUUCAAGCAUAUGCGAAUGUUCGUAAUCUUGCUUCUGGUGAUGAUGCAUCGAAUAAUGCAGCUCUCGGUAGUGCACUCGAAGACAUGAUAGCUGAGAAAUUGGAAAGGCAUCGUACUGGAACGAGUGGUACGGAAAGGGAUGAAGGACAAUUGAGUGCCAAGGUUUUAGUAAUGCAACCAAUUUCGUUCUUGCAAUUAUUGUGUGAAAAUCACAAUCGUGAUUUGCAGAAUUUCUUACGUAAUCAAAAUAACAAAACGAACUUUAAUUUAGUAUCCGAAACGCUUAUGUUUUUGGAUUGCAUCUGCGGUUCAACGACUGGCGGAUUAGGAUUGUUAGGAUUGUAUAUAAAUGAACAUAAUGUUGCGCUGAUCAAUCAGACUUUGGAAACAUUAACAGAAUAUUGUCAGGGACCAUGUCAUGAUAACCAAAAUUGUAUCGCGACUCACGAAUCUAAUGGAUUAGAUAUAAUUACAGCCUUGAUACUGAAUGAUAUUAAUCCUUUGGGAAAGACUAGGAUGGAUUUAGUUUUAGAGUUAAAAAAUAAUGCUAGCAAAUUGUUGCUCGCUAUAAUGGAAAGUAGAGGAGACAGCGAAAAUGCAGAAAGAAUUAUGUAUAAUAUGAAUCCAAAACAAUUAGUUGAUGUUGCAUGUCGUGCGUUUCAUCAAGAAUCUUUAGAUGAUGAUGGUGAUACGGAUGAUUCCUCUACAGAUGGUGAAGAAGGAGUAUCACCCAAAGAAGUUGGACAUAAUAUUUAUAUUUUAUGUCAUCAAUUAGCACAACACAAUAAAGAAUUAGCAUCGAUGUUAAAACCAUCUGAACAAAAUAAUGCAGAUCCAAAAAUUAAUAAAGCAUUACAAUAUUAUGCAACUCAUACAGCUCAAAUUGAGAUUGUUAGGCAUGAUAGAACAUUGGAACAAAUUGUGUUUCCUAUUCCUGAAAUUUGUGAACUUAUUACAUUGGACACAAAGAUUAAAGUAUUACAUACUACAGAACGUGAUGACCAAGGGUCGAAAGUUUCAGACUUCUUUGAAAGGACUGAAGAUAUGUUCAAUGAAAUGAAGUGGCAAAAGAAGCUUAGAGGACAACCAGUACUAUUUUGGAUGAGCAGUUAUAUGUCACUUUGGAGCAAUAUUUUAUUCAAUUGUGCAGUACUCAUAAAUCUUAUUGUAGCUUUCUUCUAUCCAUUUGUAGACUCUGUGCCUAAACUAAGUUCACAUUUAUCUGCUCUUAUUUGGACGGUAAUGUUAUCGUCUGCAGUUAUUGUCAUUACACUACCACGAGAAUCUGGUAUACGAACGUUAGUAGCUUCAACAAUAUUACGAUUGAUUUUUUCUAUAGGACCAAAACCAACGUUAUGGUUACUCGGUUUCCUUACGGUUGUAUUAAAAGUUGUACAUCUUAUAAGUAUUAUAGGUAAUCAGGGCACUUUAACGAAGAGUUUAGAGCAAAUAGUGACGAAUGUUGAACUUUUGUAUCAUAUAUCGUAUCUUAUAUUUUGCGUUCUUGGUAUUUGUAUGCAUCCAUUUUUCUACUCAGUUUUACUCUUUGAUGUAGUGUAUCGCGAAGAAACAUUGCUCAAUGUAAUAAGAUCUGUUACAAGAAACGGAAGAUCCAUUAUACUUACUGCUGUAUUGGCAUUAAUUCUAGUUUAUAUGUUUUCCAUUAUUGGUUUUAUGUUUUUCAAAGAUGAUUUCCUAGUAACAGUUGAUGAAAAUCUUGCGUCAUCAUACGUGACUGAAAAUGUAGAUACUUGUGAUGCUGCUGAUAAUGAAAAAUGUGAAGCAACGGAAACAGUAUCUCGAUAUAUACGCGAAGCUCAUGAAAAAGACAGUCUAGCAGAAGUAAUUAAUGUUGGUGGAGAGUUAAAAGAACGAGCAUGCGAUUCUCUGGUUAUGUGUAUUGUUACAACUUUGAAUCAAGGUUUAAGAAAUGGUGGAGGUAUAGGAGAUAUUUUACGGGCACCAUCUAGUACUGAACCUUUGUUUGUUGCUAGAGUUGUAUAUGACUUAUUGUUCUUCUUCAUUGUAAUAAUUAUUGUUCUGAAUCUCAUUUUUGGUGUUAUUAUCGAUACAUUUGCUGAUCUCAGAUCAGAAAAGCAACAAAAAGAAUUAAUUUUGAAGAAUACCUGUUUCAUUUGUGGAUUGAAUAGAUCGUCUUUCGAUAACAAGACGGUUUCCUUUGAAGAACACGUAAAACAUGAACAUAAUAUGUGGCAUUAUCUAUAUUUCAUUGUUCUGGUAAAAGUGAAAGAUCCUACAGAAUUCACAGGUCCAGAAUCUUACGUGUAUGCUAUGGUGAAGGACCGAAAUCUUGACUGGUUCCCGAGAUUGAGAGCCAAAUCGUUGGCAGCAGAUGAGGGAGAAGGGGAACAAGUAGAAUUAAGAAGUUUACAAUCUCAAUUAGAAUCCACGCAACAGUUAGUGAAAUGUUUAUCUCAACAACUUACUGAGCUUCGCGAUCAGAUGACGGAGCAACGAAAACAGAAGCAACGGCUAGGCCUUUUGAAUUCUGCAUCGGCAUUUUUACACAAUGUACCAGCGUAAAUCUAAGUAAUGCACUUCAGAAUUUCGUUUUUAAUCAUAUAGGAAUCUCAAUUUGAUACUCUAACAUGAUAUUUAAUUGAUAAGUUUGUGUGUUCUUAAAAAGCAUUUAAAGACACAGGGAAGUACUAUGAGAGUAACACAUGUAGCAUUUGUACGGUUUUGUUCCUAACUUCAAAGAAAGUUAUUUAAGUAGGAUAGUAAAACUCAAAUUGAUUAAAAAUAAUAUUAAUUUUGUUGUUUUUAAACGAAGAAAAAGUACAUUUUGUAAUGAAUUGCAAGUGAAUUGCAUAUGUGUUAAACAAAUUUAGUCGGUUAAUUGAAAAAUUACAUUAAAUUUAAAAGAUAUCAAAUCAAUUUCAUUGCAAAUAAUUUUAGUAGGGUCCGUGUUACUUAAAACUAAACGAUCAGAAAAAAUCUUAAAGAAUGGUAUUUUUAUCAUUACAUAAAUAAAUAGCCAAAGGAGUGUAUCAAAGUGUGCUGUUAUAAAUAAAAUAUAUCUAAAAUUUUCA